UAUCUUAGAGAAAUUGCACUCUACACAUUAGCUCUUUAGUGUAUUUAGCUCUAUGCACAUUUACGUACUUCUAGGCAAAGUGUUAGACUUGCUUGGACGAAACUACCCCUACCGUAUUCUUAACUUUUAUAUUCUCUCCACAAUAUUUUAUUACUUUUGUGUUUAACCAAAACAACACGAAACCACUUUUUGUCAGACAAGUUGAAACCUAUCACUAUCCUUACAUUCUCAACUUUCGAUAACUUCUUUCUAACCUUUCUCAUCAUCUUUCAUCUAUAUAUAUUGAGACUUAUGCUUCUAAAUAUAUAUAUCUCCAUCUCUUUCUACUUUCUUUGUAGUAUAAGAGAAAUUGAUUUUACCCCAUGUCGUCAGGCGCCGAUGAAACCGAUGAAACCCCACAUCUUCAAUUCCCACCUCGCAUGUUCGCCGUUGGUGAUGAACCACUAGGAAUUAGGGUUACUCCAUAUCAUAAACCUUCUGCCAUCACCAAAAUUCUAAACGCUCUAACUGAAGAUGAAAUCGAAGCUAUCCGGAAGACCCCUUUUGGGAAACUGGUGGAAAUUGCCGAUAAACCGUCAUUCUCUGGACGAUUUGGGAGAUUUCUUAUAUCAAGACAGUUGAAGAUCGUGAAGAAAAACGAAGCCUGGUUUCUUUUCGCCGGUAAACCAGUUAGGUUCUCCCUCAGAGAAUUUGCGAUGGUGACCGGCCUCAACUGCCAGCAGUAUCCCACUCAUUCGAAGAAAAGGAGCACGAAGAGUAUAACAGAGAAGCCAUAUUGGGGUGAGCUUUUUGGGUUAAUGACUGAAGUUCCGGUAAGCUAUGUUGUUAGCAUGCUAAGGAAGAAAACAGUUACGGAUCCGGAAAUUAGGUUUAAGUACGCCCUGCUUGCUUUGCUCUCAGCCGUUAUAGUGCCAACGUCUCACAAUCCGCGAAUUGCUCACCAGCAUGCCGAGAUGAUCAAAGAUGUUGAUCAGUUCCUUGCGUUCCCGUGGGGGCGGGCUUCCUUCGACAUGCUUAUGAGCAGCAUAAAAGAGAGAGAUGAAGUAUCACUAUCACAGAACACCAUUGCUCUCAAAGGGUUUGUGCUAUCAUUACAGCUUCUAAUGAUUGAAGCUGUUCCGUCGCUUACUGGAGUUGUUGAAGAUGGUGGAUCUUCUGCCUCAGACGGCGAUGAAUCUGUUGAUGAAGAUGGAAAGGGAAAGAAAAGUAUCAAUACUGUGCAUGUCACUGAUAUUGAUACUGCCGCGAAGGCUCACGUUGUUUCUAUUAUCACUGCGGGAGUUGAAGAAUUUCUUCUCAACCCCGAACUCGGAUUUUCCGAUGACGGUGAAGAUGUGCUUGUAACCAAUAUGGUCAAGUGUGUUGAAGAUGGAUUUGCGUUUGCUAACUCCCAUUUUACCGGUGGGGCUACCAAAGCUGACGUGAACCGAAUGCGUGAAGACGGUAAAACAGGAAAAAAAAGGUCACGGAAGAACACCAAAGUGAACCUGAAAGAGCCUGUCACGGAGGCUCUCGACGCUGAUUAUGUUGCAGACAUUGUAAGAAAGAGUGUCUCAACAGAAUUGAGCAAGAUGGGGGUACAAAUCCAGAAUCUCGUUGACAAUGUAACGACCUCGCAUCAGCUUUUGCGCUCCGACAUCGAAGACAUGUUCCAGAUUUUUCGGAGGGAUAUUACGAAGUUGGUCACUCCUCUUUGCACUGCCCCACAUAACCCCCCACCACCUCCUACCCCACACUCAUCUCAUUUUGGAAUGAGAAACCAGUCGGGUAGCACCACUCCUGCAAACACAAAUAACAUCAUCAAUGAGGCUGUCCGUUUUGCAAAUCAGCACUCACUCCAAACAAAGAAGGUGACCUCACCAUGCCUUUUCUUAAAACACAAUCUAAUUGCCACCAUAUUUGGUGAUGCAAUACUCUUUGAUGUCAUAGGGUAUAACGGCCGAGAAAGGUGUAGUCGAAGAAACGCCGAUGUCCUUUCAGACAAAGACGCUCCUGCUGUGGAAACCAAUCCUCAUGUACAAGACAGUGCCGAUGCCCGUUCAGACACAGACGAUCCUGCUAUGGAGACCAAUCUUCAUCUACAAGACAGUGUCGAUGUCCUUCUGGACACAAACGCUCCGGCUGUGGAGACCAAUCCUCAUCUACAAGACAGUGAAAAUCUCCCAAGAUCAAAAGAACCUACUGUAGUUGGUGAUAGUCGAGACCCACUCGUGGCUGAAAACGAUCCCAUAUCGAAGGACAGUGGAGACACUAGUCUUGCAUUUCCCCAGCCAACAUUCUCCCUUGGCCUGACGCAGGAAGAUCCUCAACUAUCCAAAACAAGCGCCCCUGACAGCGAGGACUAUGGUGAUGAACAUAUGACAGUCGAUCCACCACCAACUUCCAAUGAGAACGAUGCUCCAGCGCCGCUUUACAGGAAAAGCAAGCGUCCACGAGUUGUUCCUAGGUCACUAGUUGGUGAUUACCAGUGUGAUAAACGUAUACUGGUGCGUGCGUGGGAGGCGCAUGUGAAUGCCACUAGAAGGGUCCCCAACGUUGACUACGCUGUGAAAUUCGCUGAACUUUCAUCGAAGCUGGAGUCCCCAUUCACAAUAAAACUUGAUGGCUUAUCUCUCACUAGUAAAGAGCUCUCUGCAAUUGUUGACAGGUCUACGCACUUACCACCAAAGGCUCUUGACGUCCUCAUUCAUCAUACCCGUUUAGUUUUCCAAUCCUAUCCAGUCUCCCUCCAAUCAAAGAACUCUGUUUUUUUGGACACAAAGUUUGUCUCACUCCUUGCUAAGACGUUUUUCAAAUUCUCCAAAGCACCUAAGAAAGAAAGUUUUCGAUUUCCAGCCGCAUUAGCUGACUAUUUAGUUCGAGAUUUCCCAAUUGAUGAAGCUAAUCGUUUCUACUUCCCGUUCAAUUUUGACAAGAAGCAUUGGGUUGGUGUUUGCGUUGACUCAUCCCUAGGCCAGGUUUCUGUUUUAGACUCAAACACCUCUCUCAGGACGGACGGGAUGAUCACGUCAGAAAUGCGUUCUAUUUCGCAGAUGUUUCCUUACAUACUGAAACAAGCUGGGAAACAAUGCAGUUCCAAAGACAUGAAGACAUUCACCAUCGACAGACCUCGUUCCAUCCCUCAGAACACCACCUCCUUUGACUCCGGCGUUACUUCUAUUUUUCUAAUCCAAGCUCACGCGGUUGGGGGUCUCGAAGUCUGCAAAUGCAUCACACCUGAUGUGCUAGACGUUGAGGUCGAGCGCCUCACAGUUAUGAUCUAUGAAGAAUACAUGGGACUCAUCUGAGUGUGAACUUGUAGCCUAUGUCUCAUUUCCCGCGUCAUGGAGAUCGUCUGCUCAAUCUCAUAUUUUGUUGUUUGUUAGUUUGUUUAAUGUUGUUGUUUCUAAGAUCGAAAACUCAUUUGUAAGAUGUUUCGGAAAGUUACCCUUUUCGGCUUUAAAUGUUUUGUCUGUAUCCUGCUAACAAGACCGCCUCAAUAUAAUUACAUUUCAAUUAUGCUCCUUAUGCAAACGGGGCCCAACUAACCUGACUUAGCUCAUAUACUACACAUACAAGUUAACAAUUUAGCAUGCUAACAAGACAACAUGCGAGACUGAAUACGGACAAACCAGGCGGUCCGGAACUUGGUUUACAUAUAAUUACGGUUUAAUUUCUAGAAUUUAAGUCCGAUACUCCGCUUUUUUGUAACAAAACGUCGUCGUUAGACAUUAUUUCCUUAGAUAAACUUUGGUGAUUGUGCUCAUGUAUUGAUGAUCUAAACGACGUCGUUGUCUUUCCUGCUCCCCUUAUUUAACUCUACCCCCGAGACUCCGCUUCUUCAUAACCCUAGCUCGCCGGAAAAAAAAGGAGAGAUUGAGCCGUUGAUAUGUCGACCCAAACCAAGGGAAGCUCCUCCUCAGCACCCGGUACGUGGCUACGCUCUUUUUAGCAAGGAAUAUCAUCUAUUUAAAAUGUUCUAUGUUUUACAGGGGGAACACGUUCUAGGCGGCGAAGAGUUGAGAAACCGAGGGGGAUCCCGCAAUUCUGUCGUUGUGGUGAAGAAGCAGUGAUUAGGACAUCAGGGACUGCAAAAAACCCCGGUCGGCUCUUCUACUGCUGUCCGAACGGAUCAGAGGAGGUAACUGAUUUUCCACCUAUAGCAAGUAUUUAGUGAAGUAUGUUAAUGCUCCCACACAUGAUAGAGCUUAUUGGUAAGUAGUUCCAGAACAAUCCUUUAAUUGAGAGGGUGAUAUUGCUUCAUAUUUCCAUGUUCAGGACAAAUUCCAUCUUUUCACAUGGACUGACGAACGUGUGGUGGAAGAGGUAGAGGACCUAAAGUGUGAAGUUUCAGAGCUGAAAGCAGACAUCUCCAAUGUUAGAGCAGAACUAAGUUCAAUAACGAAAGAUAGCGAGCGUACCAAGCUAAUGGUAGAGUUAGCAAGAGACAGGAAAUGUUGUUGUGCUAUAUUAUAAGUGUAGGAAUGCCGAUCCCAAUGCUAUGUUAUCCAUUGUCUUAAUCCACUAAAAAAACCCAUGCAACCUUGUCCUUAAUUGUGUUGUUGUAUGUUUGAUUGCGUAAGGAGAAAUUUCACAUUACUCUAGCACAAAUAAAACAAUUUGCUUGACGGUGUCUGGUUGAAAGGAUUGAGGUUUUAACUAGGGGCUCGACAGUAUCAAUCCAAUGGGUCUGUUGGCAAUAGACGAGAAUUGCUGUCGUGCUAUAAUGCAAGUAUAGAAAUGAUAAAUUGUAGUGGGAUUUAUUCCUGUUUAAGGCCCUUCUUAGCAAACUAAUUUUAUCAGUUUCACAACAAAUAAACUUUACCGUGCUAUAAUACUGUCGUAGAAUUAUUUUGGUGUUAAAACUUUUGCUGCAUUAAAUUUAAGGUUUCAACAUUUCAGUUUUCCCUCAGAUGUUAACGUAUGUGUUCACAUGAUUAAAUGAAGUAUACGACCAAAACAAACCUUUGUAUCACACUUAAAUAAUGGAAGGAAUUUUUAUUUAUAAUAAUAAAGCGUUACAUCUUAACUCCAACAGACCUAUAUGAUCGGAUAACUACUAUUACAAUAUCACACAAGAUAAAUAGCAGUUGUCCAUCAUGAUCCCACCCCUUUCCAUACAACUCUUCCUACGCCACAAAUUCCUUCCUACAAGCUUCCCCAACAUUUUAUAUAGAUUCCUUGCAAGUGGCUUUGUUGUGUCCCAGCCCCUUGCAACGGCUACACAAGGCCCUCCUCUUAGUGCGUUUCAUCUGCAAACAUUUUUAUCGAUCAGGUCAAAUAGUAAAUCAUAUUGUAUCUCUAUUCCAUUAAAUCUAGUUAGUAUACUUACUAUUUUUUCCCCCCUGGAGAAGAACCUCUGCUUCUUCGGCCUCCCAGGUGGGCGUCUUGUCACUGGAGGACACAGUUUCAUACCACCAAAGUCAGAAACCAAAUCAGACACACCUGUGUAGUCAGGCACUGGCAAUACACUCCCUGCAUAUGCCGACCUCAGCCCCUCAAUAGUGUAUGCAGGCAAAACUAACGAUUCCACGCUAAUCUUUGCCUUGAUUGCAGCAGCUAUAGCAUGUGAACAUGGAAUGGCAAGCACCUGAAACUCGUAACAGCUACAUGUUUUUUUAUCGAGGUCAACGUGAAAGCUCCCUCCGUUCUUGUUGCGCACCUCGUACUCGUCCUCUCCAAUUUGAGUUACGCCGUAUCCACCUGUCUGCUCAAAACUUUUGGUUAGCAUUCCGGAGACCUUUGGCGACAUUGAACCCAUAUUCUUCUGGGCUGCUUCCCUUCGCGUUGCAAACCAACCUGUGAGCUUAGUACGAAUGAAAUCGAUCAAAGGUAUUACCGGAAAUUCUCUAGCUUCCCGCAAAACAGAAUUCCAUGAUUCCGCAAGGUUGCUUGUCAUGAUAUUAUAUCUCUUUCCCGGGAAAUGUGAUCUGGCCCAAUGCUCUAACCCAAUAUCAAGUAAGUACUCAGCACAUGCCGGAUCCAUUGUCUUAAUCUCGUUAAAAGUUGUAUAGAAUUCCUGCAAUCUGAAGGUCCUAGCUGCUUUAGCAACGAGAUAUUCCAGGUGCCGAGCUCUGAAAUUUGACCUUAUGUUUCUCUUCAAAUGAACCACACAGAUACAAUGCCCCACUCCCGGAUAGACCUGCAUGCACACAUCAUUUAAUUAGCAUGAUUCACGGUUAAUGCAUGUGCAUAUACGCAUUUUUAACAUAAUCUGAUGAUCAAAGACACGGCAAUCAAUUAAUUACCUUGCUAAGACCUUUGUAUAUAGACAUGUGCCUAUCAGAUACAAACACCAACUCAUCAUCCCGCUCAACAAAUGCCGACAACUGCUCAAAAAACCACUCCCAUGAAGAGUCGUUUUCGCUGUCAACUACUGCAAAAGCUAGAGGAAAUAUCUGGUAGUUGCCAUCUUGGGCAGACGCAGUCAGCAAACACCCUGCAUAUUUCCCUUUCAAGUGAGUACCAUCAACCACCACCACUUUUCUCAUGAACUCAUAACCCUUGAUUGAAGCGCCAAAAGCGACAAACAUAUAUUUGAAACGUUCGCCACCACCCUCAACUGUUUCAGUGUAGAGUUUUGUUAUCGUCCCCGGAUUUGCAGUCACCAGCCUUUGUAGGUAGUCUGGUAAGAGGUGGUAAGAUGACUGUGUGGUACCUUUAGCUUUAUCAAUGGCCACAUCCCUAGAACGCCAUGCCUUCCAGUAUGAAAUAUUGACGUCAUGGUCGCCACGCAUCAUCUGCCUUAUUUCACGCGGUUUAGGUCCUCCGCCGGCGCUUCCAAACUUGUUUCGCAUUAGCUCUCCAAUAACCGAUGAAGUAGCUUGAGUCUGAUAACCGCCACGCUCAUCUAUCGAGCAUGUAUGCUCUGAUACCACUUUCCGAACUUCGAACACAUCAGCAUCCUUAAGUUUGACUGCAUACACUCUCCAUGGGCAAUUCAGACCACAGCAUUCAAGUACCAUCAGCCCUGGUUCUGACUUCCUACUUCUGUACUGAAACUUCAUGCUUAUGGCAUAAAUAGCCAUAUGUUGCUUGAAAGCCUCUCUGUUUCUGAACAUCAUGCCCUCAGUAACAUUGUUUCCGUAUUCUCCUAACUCGCCUAUAAACAUAUACAUCACGGAAAUGGUUAGGACAGCUACAAUGCCAAAAAGUUUAACUAGCAAACCAAAACUAUAUAGAUUCCGUGCCAAACUAGAAGAAGUUAUAUUUCUCAUUAUAUUUCCAAACGAUGUACUUGUGUAAUAAUUUUAUUGUCUUCAUAUAAUGCACGUUGUUGUAUUACAAAUUCCCUUUAUAUGUUCCAUUUUACAGUAAUAUGACAAAUAUUUUUUUAAGGUAGCACUGCCAGAGGUUUUCAUUUAGCGCGUCAACAUGAAUACAAUAAAGGUUAUGUAAGACUUAGCUGUCUAACAGAAACAACAUACAAUCCAAAUCAAACAUUAAACCCUAUUUAAAUAAAGAUUGUUUUCUUUGACCAAUGCUAGAGGGUUUUCCAUUUAGCGCGACAAAAGUAAUACAACCACGGCUACACAUAAGACAUAGCAGUCUAACAAACACAACACACAAUCCAAAACAAACGUUAAACCGUAAUAAAACAUAGAUUCUUUUCUCUAACAAAUGCUAGCGGUUUUUUCCAUUUAGCGCGACAACAGAAAUACAACUAUGGCUACAUAUAACACUUAGCAGUAUAACAGAAACCACAGCGAAGGCAAAACUAACAUUAAACCAUAUUAAAAGCAAAGAUUAUUUUCAUUAAGCAUUGCUAGAGGGUUUUUCAUUUAGCGCGAUAACAUAAAUACAACAACGUCUACUUAUGACUUAGCAGUCUAAAAGAAACAACAUACAAACCAAAUUAAACAUUAUCCACCCAAAACAUAAACACCACCAUCAACCACAGACAAUACACGCGACAACAAGGUAAUCCAACUUGCAAACCCCUUUUCCUUUCCCCAACAAAACAUUUUAAAGACACCCACCCUCGGUGCUACUCCCUUCCGAUGAAGUUUGCUCUGCCCUCUGACCACCCUUCUUUUCACGUCCACCAUGUAUGGUAGCCUUGCUCCCUUCAGCGAAUUCUGUUGGCGUCUUUUCCAAUGCUUUACCAGCCCUCUUCUCUGUUUUCACAUUAAUGUAUUAAAAAUUGUUUACAAUUUGUCCGCCAUAUCAUAAAAACUGUUUUUUCAACGUAAAGCAUCCCGUACCUGUGUUCGUUGGGAGGAUGCAUGCAGACUCCCCUAGUUGAAUCGCACUCGGUUCCUCUACCAUUUCAUUUGUACGCACUUGUUCACCUAUAUAUGUCGGCACAAGCGGGGCAUGUGUCGAUCCUGUUGAUGAGCCACCGCCAUUAUCAUCCGUUGCUGCGUUUGGCUCACCCACACCCAUGUUUUGAUUUCCCGGUGGGUCAUUGACAUGUAAACCUUCUGGACAAGCAAACCCCUCAUUUGCAACAUCUUGCCAAAAACGCAUAGUAUUCUCAACCCCUUCACCAGUGAUUCCUUCGGUGGGACCAUGUGUAGGGUAGUUCAACAAGUCCAUUCCCACAUCCCAAAACACAGACGGUGCUUGGGCUUGCGUGAUUUGUUCUGGCAUUACGGAUGUCCUCCCUGUUAUCCCUGCAUCACAGUGAUAUUUAGCGAUUAGUAGUUUUGCUAUAAAACUUCUUAUUUAUCAGGCUAACAGUUUUACGUUUUCUUGUUAGCCAAGUUUAACACUUCCAGUCUCAUCAGAUAUGCUAAGCAUUAAACGUGUUUGUACUAAUUUCUUU